AUGUCGUCACUUUGCGACGAGGUGCUAAGCACCGACGAGCUCCUAGGCGUCAUCCUCGGCACGCUCCUGCGCGAGGAUGCGCUGCGCCGCUGCAAGUGCGCUCGCCUCGUGUGCAAGCGCUGGAAGGAUGAGCUGGCACGCGCCGCAAAGACGCCGCCGCGUGGCUGGAAGAGCUUCACCAAGAACUGCGUCUACCUGCGUGGCCGGGUGGAGUCACUGCCGGAUGAGGCCGAGGCCGACCCGGGUUCGCGGUGGAUGCGGGCCAUCUACGAGCAGGGGCUGAACGGCCUGCUCGACAGCCGCUUGCCGCAUGUGCAUGUGCAUGCGUCCUGCGCCGCGCUCGUGGCGCACCACAAGGCGAUGCGCCUGAGGGGGCUCUACGUCGUGCUGGCCCCCGCCGAGGCUCACCAAUGCUGGCUCGCGGCAUUCGCGCGCGACGGCAUCUCGGCAUUCGCCAACGGCGGCCGGCCCGAGCAGCGCUACGCAGGAUUUGCCAGUCUCGGGCACCGGGUUGCCCAAGGACAGUCGAUCGAGGUCGUCGUCUCCACGUACUCCAUGGCCGCCACCGACAUAUGGUUCAUCCUGCAGUUCCGCCCAAAGUACGUCUUUUUCGAGGGCGGCCUCAGCCAGCCCAAGCAGUACGCGUCGAGGCUCGCACCGCUGCUCCUCGCCUCGCCGCACCUCGCAGAGCCGCCGAACGGCGUCCUGAUUGACGACGCCAGCCUGCUGCAGCACCACUCCAGGAGCAUGGAGCUCAUCCGCUUCAGCAUGGAUCGGUUCAUCAAAAUCUAG